GACGCUUGCGCAAUUCAAUGUUGUGAUUUUAACUGUAGAAACAUGUCUGCCUCCAUGGUUCGAGCGACCGUCCGAGCGGUCAGCAAAAGGAAGAUAUUGCCCACAAGAGCCGCACUGACACUGACUCCAUCAGCUGUGAAUAAAAUCCGAAUCUUGUUGCAGGACAAGCCGGAGUAUAUUGGUUUGAAGGUGGGAGUGAGAACACGUGGCUGUAAUGGACUGACUUACACACUGGACUACACAAAGGAGAAAGAUAAAUCUGAUGAGGAAGUGCUGCAGGAUGGCGUGAGGGUUUUUAUUGAGAAGAAAGCUCAGCUGACCCUACUAGGAACAGAGAUGGACUUUGUGGAGUCAAAGCUAUCAAGUGAAUUUGUUUUUAACAAUCCAAACAUCAAGGGCACGUGUGGAUGUGGAGAAAGCUUCAACAUCUGAGCAUAAUGGAGCGUGUCCUCCUUGCAACUGCCCUGCUCUGAACCCCGUCACAUCUCUAAAGACAGAGAGACUGAGAAUGACAGAAAUGAGGAGGUCUUUAAGAUGUGGACGUGCCUGUUUUCCUGCCACUGCUCUUCCUCGGACCACUAGUACCACAUACACUGACUUUUAUACUUAGAUGGAGGUUUCAGCACUAUCAGUGUAAAUUGUUACAACACAUUGAUUUUAGGUUUGAAACAUCUGAUGUCUUCAACUAACCUUGUUUUUUCAUAUUUAGUGGCUGGCUGCCUUCACAUAUAUAUGCACAUCAUUUUCAGAAAGUCAGUACAAUGACUUGAAUGCAGGAGGAAGUGGAUCAAGUUGGCCCAAGAACUUGUCUCAUGUUCAGGUUUAAGUUGGUUAAAACAGAUGAAAGAAGCAUGUUUGGUGUUAUGUCCUGAAUCUACCCCCUAAAUCCACACACCCACAGGCCAACAUUUGCUGUUUGAUAAACGCUGAAAAACAACACGCCAACAUCCAGUUACGUUUCAGCAGUAUCUAAAAUGGAAGAGUACGAGUGUCUUGCUUUCUUAGUUUGUAAAGUUUAUAUUUAUCUCUGUGUGUAAAUAUAAAGAAUGUAAAUCUACCUUGAACCACACAAACGCACAAAAAAACUAAAUGCACCAAAUGUGUAUCCCUCACAUAAGAGUACAUGAGGUUUAUGUUGGUUUCUUUUUUUGCCAGAUGUUUGUUUAAUAGUGUGUGCCCUGAAGAUUUGUAACUGUGCAAUAUGUCUGUGAACAUAUGAGAUAAUAAACAGAUAAAAAAAAUA